UAAUUUAACACAUGUCAAUCUAAAUCUGAUGUGGUAUCCAAAUUUCAAGUAAGAGAAUUUUUCGGAAAAUUUUGAUUUAAAUUUAACAAGUAGAUGAAAUGCACUUUUCUCAAAGUAGAGGGCUCGUAAAAUUCAUUCAUAAAGUGAUAUCCCGACAGCUGCUUAGCCCCGACCACUGCCAGCAUAAUGUAGUGAGUGUAGGUGCUUAUGGAACCAUAUAUAAUGAUGGAGAAGAAAAAAAUCAGAAAACGUACACUGGCGACCCAAAAAAAUACUUGUACCAGAUUCCACCAUGGCUCCAGAAAAAGGCUAUAAAUAAUAAAGAUCAAAACAAAAGGGAAAACACCUUUCCAAAAAAACAUGAAUAUCACAAUGAAAAUGAAAUACUGGUGAAAGAAAACAAAUGUAAGACCGUUUACAAGAUGAAAAGGAGGAUCUCACCGAUACCAACAAAGCAUAAUUCGAUUCAAGUUAAGCUUGAAAAGAAAAAUGAAAAAGACGUUGAUAGAGCAAAACCAGUUCCGCACAUAACGGCUUCAUCUAUCGCACUUGAAUCUCCUAUCAAACUUUUGCAUUCUAAAAAUUUACAAUUUACAUCUAAAAAAGAUAUUGACCCAACUCCCAUGGCCUCAGAGCCUAUACACAUUACAGACCCAUUUUUGACAAUUUCAAAAAAGCCAAGUACAAAAAAGAAACUAUAUUCAAAAUUGCAGGAAAAUUCGAUGAAAAAGAAAAAGGAUCACAACCUUAGAAUGGCGCAACAAAUGGAAGAGUUUAAAGCGAGGCAUGAGGAUAACGAUAAAGUAAAGAAGAAAGUAGUAAUACCUAAAAAUAUUGAAAGUUUGAAUGCCAAAAGUACUGAAGAAAAGAAGAAAUUGUGGAAAGAUCUUAUGGAUCAACUAGACAUACCGGAAGCACAAAAAGGUAGAGGGGUAACAAAAUUCAAAUCUUCAUUUCAAAGAAACAAGCUUAUUGUCGAAUUUCCGAACAAGCCGAUAAAAUUAUCAUCUAAAGAAAUGCUCUACUCAAAAAUUGGUGAUAAGAAAAAAACAAAAAAAUCUAAAGACAUUGUUGAAAAAAAUAAGACAGUAGGAAGUUCAUAUGUUAAUCCAAGAGAACUUGAUGUCGACAGUAUACCCCCCAAGAAUGAUCCAGACAUUUCCAUGACUGCAUCUAUGUCGAUUAAAGCUUUAAAAGAGAAAAAAGCUCAAUCUUUUAAUGAAUCAGUUAUGAUCUUGAGAAAAGAAGGCGAACGACUUAGAAAAGAAUAUGAAAAGAAUAAGCAAAAGAAUAAAGUUCUUCAAAUUGCAAAACCAACAGGAAAGGCUAAAGGAGUACCAAAGAUUGAAAAUAAAAAAGUCAGACCUCAAUUGGUUGAAGCCCAACUUUUGAAUUAUUACAAAAGGAACAGUUUUGGAAUGCCGGAAGCACACGGUAGUGAAGAAAAGACUAAAGUUGACACAAACAUAAAAAGGGAAAAGUUCAUCCCGUCGGGGACAAAAUCCAAAAGGCAGAGUUCGAAGGAUAAUAUAAAUUUGAAUGUCAAAUCAAAUGAAAGUAACAGGCCAAAGACAUCAAUUACCACCACCAUCCAAGCUAACACUAAAUUAAAGCCUUCAGAUGAAACGACUUCAAAUAUUGCUAAACUUACUCGCCCAAUGUCAUCUUUGCCUCAACUUACUGCCAAAAAUCUUGCAAAAGAACAUGCAAAAUAUAAAAUAUUAUCUAAUUCAAUAAACCACAUUCCAGCUCGUUUGAUUUUGCCCAAACACCCCGGACGAACUGUAUUUGACAACACUUUUGCUAAAGUCAGCACUUCUUCUCAAGCAAAUACAAAUGAAGGUCCAAAUGUGAAUAUAGAAGAUUCUUUCGUAGCGCAGCCACUUUUGGAAGGGAAUCAUAAAAUCGGCAAUAUUAAACUUAGUAAGAAUGAAAAAAAUGAUAAUGUUGUUAAAAUUAACGAGCCCAAAGAAAAUGAACAAGAGGCCAACUUUGGACAAAGUUUUCCAGUAUUGGAAAAAGUCGAACUGAAAACUGAAAGUGAGCCAAAAGUUGAUACAAUCUCAUCAGAAAUGAUGUUGAGUACAAGGAAUGAUGCAUCCACUAAAGAAGAAGUAAAUGAAAAUCAAAAAAGCUCUUUACCGUCUGUGUCUAAGAAUGAUUUUAGUCGACUUCCAAAGGAAAUUAAAGAUGCUCUUACUCGACUCAAUAGUCAAACCCUUCAAACGUUCACCCCUCUGCAACAGAAGCACCAAGACUUGGAAUUAAAUUUGCGCAAGGCACUUAUUAACUACCAAAUUAAUAAUGUAAAACUUCCUGCUCCUCAAGGAACAUUGAACUCGCAAAGCUCAAUUACUAUUCAAUCUGCCGAGAAAAAAUUAGAUGAAGAAAAGAGGAAUUUAGAAACACCUGAGGAGCCAGUUGUUUCUAAAAAGAUUUUAGUUCCUAAUAAUAAAGAGGAUAUAGAAAUAAAAAACAAUGUCAAACUGAGCUCUAGUCCUCAAGUAAAAAGACCGAAAACAACUCCUGUUCAAAAGGUAGAAAAUAAAAAACAAUUGCAAGUGAUAGAUGAUACCAAAGUUUUACAGGAUAGCAUAGUUAAGGCAGUCAAUACAGUGCAGAAAUUAGAAAAACAAUCAAGUGGUCUUCAUAACAUUAUAAGCAAGAAAGCAAAGGACUUAUUUUCAAAGUACAAAUGCUACUUAGACACAGCAAUAAGGUCAUGGGAUAUUAACAGUAAGAUUAAAGAAGUGAAGGAAAAAAAUUCAAUAAUUCUCCUUGGGGGUGGGAAUGUCCUCAACAAAAUCCAUUAUCAAUCGAAGAAAAGUCCUCGCACUAGUUCCAAAAGGACAGUACCGCAAAAAGAGGUCAAGGCUCAGGCGAAGCCGAAAGUCCUAAGAAAUUCAAAGUUCAGGAGGAAUUUAUACAACAAGUCGAAUAAUUAUUACAUCAAGAUCAAAACGAAACCGGCAAAGAAAAAAAUUGAAAAACAACUGAACAUGGAAGGCGUCAACAAUUAUCUCGAGCCUGACUACCAGGUGAAGAAAAUACCACAAACUGCCCCGGCCAUGGCAUAUUCUGAAGUUUUGAGCGCUGUUUACAAUCAUAAGCGAGUGUCAAAAUUUGUAUGAAACAAUUGUUUUUAUUUUUUUAUAUAUCAAAUAUAUUGUAAAAAAAG